AUGGCGAUGCUGACUGGACCUCUAGCGGAGCAGAAUGAAAUUGAAAUCCCAGAUAUCGAGUCUGAUACAUUUGAACAGGUUUUGCAAUACAUUGACUAUAUCUAUAUGUUGUUUUUGUACACUGAUGACAUCAUCAUAGACGGGAACAACGUCGUCAGGCUUUUUGUUAUGUGCAAUAAAUACAACAUCGACUAUUUGGAAGAGAAUUGUCUGAAAUACAUUUGGCAAAAUGGCGACGCAUUUUUAAAAUCUGACAGUUUCUGUGACCUCAGUUACGACUUUUUUGUGAAGGUCAUAGAAGCUGAUCAACUAAAAGCCAGCGAGGAGUCUGUUUUUGAAGCUUCCAUCGCCUGGAGCGAGGCAGAAUGCAUACGACAAGGAAGGGAGGUAACUCCAGAAAACAGACGCAGCGUUCUUGGUGAUAGUAUGCAUCUGAUUCGGUAUUCUAAAAUUGACCCAGAAUAUUUUGUGCAGAAAGUAUCGCUGUCAAGUUUGUUGACGGAAGCUGAAGAAAACAAGAUCUUCAGAUCUUUCAUCAUACGAGGCGAGGAUGUUUCACCAUUUAGUUCACGCUACAGAAAAGUUUAUGUUCGUGCUCACAUCUACAAGAUGUUCAAGAACAUUUUCCUUGACACAAGCGUCAGCUAUCUGAGCUGUAUUUCCAGUCCGAAGGAAGGCGCCAUUGAGAUUUGUCCGAAACGUUGUGCCGAAAUUGAUAGAAUUUUGUUUGUCCAAAAUUUGUAUCCCGCCCUGAGUUGUGAUUCAGGGCGGUGGGAGACUUUAAUGCGUCAGCAAAAGAAGUUCCCAGACGAGGUACUGAACUACAUGAGUUAG